GCGUGGAUGUAGAGAGAGGGGCAGGCCAAAACCCUCUCGAGCGGCAGCUGGAGCGAAGAAAAGGAUCCGAUCAACGAGGAACCGUCGACAGAAGACGGGUGCGUGGCCGAGGAGGAAACGGGGCGAUGGCAAUGGCGAUGGGCGCCAGAACCACCAGUGUGAGGACAUUUUUCCGGCGGUUCUCGAGUAGCGGCAGUGGGAAGAUCCUGAGCGAGGAAGAAAAGGCGGCUGAGAACGUCUAUAUCAAGAAAGUUGAACAAGAGAAGUUAGAGAAGAUUGCUCGCAAGGGAUAUAAGCCAGAAGAACACCCAACAGCAGUUAAGACAACAGCAACUGAUGCCAAAUCAAGCAGCCCUUCUGCUUCUUCAUCUUCUGGCACUUCAACUGACAAAUACAGGAACUAUGCGGUCCUCUCUGGUGUGAUAGCAAUAGCAGCUUCUGUUGGAUGGUAUCUAAAGUCUACUGCCAAGAAGCCAGAGGAAACCCAAGAUUGAGCAUCGCCUUGCAUUGACCACCAUGGUCCCUCUGUGCAUGCAACUGCACGUUUCAUUUGUUUUUCUUCAUUUCCUGAAUGAACUGUUUUUGUUCAUAAGGUGCCUGAGCAGUGAGCUCGCCUAACAAAAUUUAUGUUUAAAUUUGUUGAUGUGCUUGAACAGA